AUGGCCCCCUACUUCCUCCGCAACCUCGUCCCCCGCCGCGAACAACGUGCAGAGGGCCGCCCGCUCCUCGAGGUGCUCGCGACCCUCACCUGGGUCCAGUGGGGUCACUUUUGGUCUGGCUGGCUUGCCUGGACUUGCGACGCCAUCGACUUCUUCUCCGUCUCGCUCAGCGUCGCCCACCUGCAGACGCAGUUCGACCGGAGCACUCAUGACAUCACGACCGCCAUCACGCUUACUCUACUCUUCCGCUCUGUCGGAGCUGUCGUCUUUGGUAUCAUCUCCGACCGCUUUGGCCGCAAAUGGCCUCUCAUCAUCAACCUCCUCAUGAUCGCGGUCCUCGAACUUGGCUCCGGAUUCGUCGAAACUUUCCACGCCUUCCUCGCCGUUCGUUCGCUCUUCGGUAUCGCGAUGGGCGGUAUCUGGGGCCUUGCCGCCUCGACCGCCCUCGAGAACCUGCCCGUUGAAGUCCGUGGUCUCGCGUCCGGUAUCCUUCAGCAAGGAUAUGCCGUCGGAUACCUGCUCGCAGCGGUCAUCAACCUCACCCUUGUCCCCGAAACCUCGGCGAGCUGGCGCAGCCUGUUCUGGACGGCAUCCGGUAUCUCUGCGUUCGCCGCAUUCGUUCGCUUCCUCCUCCCCGAGAGCGAGAUCUUCCUCCGCGCUCAGGCCGCCGAGCGUGCGCGCGGCGGCUCAACCACGAAGAAGACGAAAAUCUUCCUGCACGAGACCGGGCAGAUGCUUAAGACCCACUGGCUUCUGUGCAUUUACGCUAUCCUUCUCAUGACUGGCUUCAACUUCCUGUCCCAUGGCUCGCAGGACCUGUACCCGACGUACCUGACGCAGGCGAAGCUUUUCACUGACCACAACGCUACCGUCGCGACUAUUAUUGGCAACUGUGGCGCCAUCGCGCUGACUUACCGAAACAGUGGAGGCGCCAUUGCUGGAUGGCUCAGCCAGUACAUCGGUCGUCGUCUCACCAUCAUCAUCUUCGUGCUGCUCAUUGGAGCGUUCAUCCCACUGUGGAUCCUGCCGUCGAGCUUCGGCGCUCUUGCGGCCGGCGCGUUCUGCAUCCAGUUCGGCGUGCAAGGCGCGUGGGGAGUGAUCCCCAUCCAGCUUGCGGAGAUCUCUCCUCCCGCCUUCCGUGCCACCUUCCCUGGUGUUGCUUACCAGAUCGGUAACAUGGUCUCUUCUGCUUCUGCUCAAAUCGAAGCCACGGGAGCCGCGAACCUGCAUACGACCGUCAUCGACAAGAACGGCCAGCCGAAGGUCGUCUCAGACUACGCGACAGUGCAGGGCAUCCUCAUCGGUGUCGUCGCUGCGUUCGUCCUCAUCAUCACCAUCAUCGGCCCUGAAAACUACGGCUCUCACUUCGAGAAAAGCAAGACCGCGUUCGAGGAGGGCGGCGGACGCGGCGACCUCGCCGAGAACGACGAGUCCCACCCCAGCUCCAACACGGGCUCGCGCCCGACGAGUCUCCAGAUCGUGGACGAGAAGCGGAGUACGCCGGAGCCCGCGUAA